AUGCUGAGGCGAGGAGUUGGCGUGGCUGCUUCAGCCGUGGGGAGUGCCCACCACGCGAUACGACGUUCUACGCGACAACUUGCCACGGCGUCACAAGCCUCGCCACUAGCUGGACCGAGCCGAUCGGAUCUCCACUUUGACGUUGUCGUCGUGGGUGCGGGUCAUGCAGGCUGCGAGGCUGCUGCAGGAUCAGCUCGAACGGGCGCACGCACGCUUUUGAUCACGACGAAUAGGCACAGCAUCGGCGAGCUCAGUUGCAACCCCAGUCUCGGUGGAGUCGGAAAAGGAACCUUGGUACGUGAGGUGGAUGCACUGGGUGGACUCUGCGCCGUGAUUGGAGACAAGGCUGGGAUACAGUUUCGCAUGCUCAACAAGUCCAAAGGUCCUGCCGUGCAUGGUCCCAGAGCGCAAAUUGACCGUUCCCUUUACCGACGACACAUGCAACAAGCGCUGCAAGAGUAUCCGAACUUGACCAUCCUCGAGGCCAAGGUGCAUGGAUUGCAGCUGGAUUGGUCAAGCGCAGGUCUCCACGAUCACGGAGAGGGCAGGAAAGGCAAAGCGACCAGGGCGAUCGUCCGUGGUAUCACAACGGUCGAUGGAACGAGGAUCAGUUGCACUCAAGUUAUCGUUGCCACCGGCACCUUUCUGUCCGCCAACAUUCAUCUCGGACUCGAGUCGAGGCCAGCCGGCCGCAUGCUUCCCCUGCCGUCGAUCAACGACGAUCCUGCUUCUGACGGUCUGAGCCAAAGUCUGGCUCGCGCAGGCUUCGAGCUCGGUCGGCUCAAGACUGGGACCCCUGCAAGAAUUGCUGCCUCCUCGGUGCGACUCGGCAGGCCAUGGCAGCCCGACAGCAACGUCGACCCACACCUAGAAGUGAUAUCCGGUGACGCUACACCGACAGCAUUUUCUUUCCUCAACGACACACCCAAUAUAGACGCUGCUCGCCAAGUCGAGUGCUGGGGUACGCACACAACACCGCACACUCACGACAUUGUACGGCGGAACCUGGACAAAUCGAUUCACAUCAAAGAGACGGUGAGAGGGCCACGCUACUGUCCUUCCAUCGAAUCCAAGGUGAUCCGAUUCAAAGACAAGCAAGCACAUCCAGUCUGGCUCGAACCCGAGGGUCUACCGGGCACAGAGGAUGGUGCGAUUCUGUACCCGAAUGGGCUCUCGUGCACGCUUCCAUCCGAGCAACAGUCAGAGUUGCUACGCAGCAUCCCUGGACUCGAAAACGCCGACAUGGUGCGUCCAGGCUACGGUGUAGAGUACGACCAUGUAGAUCCACGGGAACUUCGCCACAGUCUCGAGACCAAAAGGAUCGAAGGGCUAUGGAUGGCAGGUCAAAUCAACGGCACGACAGGAUACGAAGAAGCUGCAGCUCAAGGCUGCGUCGCCGGUCUCAAUGCUGGUCUCAAAGCCAACGGAAUGGCUCCACUCGCCAUUGGUCGAUCGGAAGGGUACGUGGGAACAAUGAUCGAUGACCUGGUGAUGCAAGGCGUGGAAGAGCCCUAUCGGAUGUUCAGCUCUCGCAGCGAGUACAGGAUGACGCUGCGCGCCGAUAAUGCGGACAAGCGUCUAACACCGCUGCUGCGAGCAGCUCACAUGUGGGCGAUCGACGAAAAGCGCUGGACACGCUUCUGUACGAUGCAAGCCGACAUUGACCAAGCGCUUGCGCUGCUGAAGGCAAAGCGCAUGAGUCCGCACGCGUGGAUGAAGCACGGUUUCCACUGUUCUGGCGACUCACACGAACGAAGCGGGCUCGAUUUGCUCAGGCAGCCGCAGUUGGGCAUCCGCGAUCUGGUCACAGUGAUUCCAGAGCUGGCAGACAUGAGCGAAUUGGUGAUGGAUAGAGUAGAGAUCGAGGCUAGGUACCUGCCGCAUCUUGAGAGACAAGCACAAGAGAUCGAAGCAUUCACCAAGGAAACCAAGCUGCGCUUUCCAGAAGGCUUCGAUUUUCAGUCGGUGCCGGGACUCAAUUCGCAACUACGGGAGAAGCUCGAGCUUCUGCGCCCCACCUCUUUGGCUGCACUCAAGUCGAUCCCAGGGUGCACACCUUCGAAUUACGCUACACUGUGGCGCUAUGCUGUGCAGCCCGACCAUGGAGGACGACCGGUCGACACUUUGUAG